UCGCUAGAAUGCGAGGAGGGAGGGACAUUUUAAUGGCCGUCGGUUGCACUAGAAAAUGCAAAAUGUCCAGAUUAUUUACUUUAUAAAAACUCUAGUAGCAACGGGUGCAUUGAAGAUAAUUUUAUCUCGUGAAUAACAUUGUGCUAGGGGAUAUAUUCAGGAUAUAGACGAGUUUCUAGUGUUGUUUCUACAGCGUUGAACGGACUUUACCCGCUUCAUUUGUAUGACAGGCCUAGCCGGUUGGCUAAAAAACAAGCGGCCAGGUAGCUGAAUCGCAUGAGUUGAAAGGGAAUAUGUAACAUAAAGUAUCAACAUGACAUCCAGAUUUGGCAAAACGUACAACCGGAAGGGUGGGGAGGCUAACUCGAAAUUUGAAGAGGUCUUCUCCAAUAAAAGGUCUACUCUGACAACCAAAUGGGGGGACACCACCUACAAGGCUCAGCUGGGAGCCAAAAGGCCAAUGCUGAAAACUGAUGUUGCAGAGCUUUCCAAGAGGCCAAGGCUUGAGGAUAGCGACAGUGAAGAAGACCCAUUUGGGUUUGACAGUGAUGAUGAGUCCAAGACUGUGACCUCUCACAGUGUAUCCCAGGUGAAAGUCAAUGAAGGUGAUGGGGCUAAGAAAGCUGCAGUACAGAGUGGUGGGACAGCCACUGCUGUGACAUCUGCACAGACUUCUGCAAGCUCAGUGGCUACUACAUUCACAAGCAAGCAAACCUUUGAGGACAAGGUUGUUAAAAAUAAUCAGCCCAGGUUCAAAAGCACACCAGAUGGCAACCAGAAACCUACAUGCAUGACCUAUGUCACAAACAAAGUGCCCUCUGAUAGUCAGAAUGUCUUAGCAUCCCAGAGGCCCAUCUCUUCCUCUUCCAGUAUUGAUGCCUCCUUUAAACUGUCCACUGAUGCACCAGGUGAUGGCAGGGACUUCCAAACAGCUUCCUCCUAUGAUGGGUUGCCAUCAGAAGAGAUGACAAGCGCUCACCUAGAGCCUUCCACUGAGCCCCCACCACAACCAGUGGACAACAUUCCCCCAUCCCCUUUCACUCUAAGGGCCUCUAACUGUAAGAAAUACCAGCGGCCUACCCGAUCAAGCAAAACAUCCUCUGAACAUGCUGAAAACAGUGAUAUGCCCAGUGAAACAGUCAGUGCCCCAAAUCAACCCAACAGUGUCCUUUCUGCUAGUGGAAGUAGUACUGCCACUAAACCAGCAGCCAAGCCACCAGGCAGGGGUGGUGGGAGGGUGCGUGAUUACACAGUUCUGCACCCUUCCUGUCUAUCAGUCUGCAAUGUCACUAUUCAGGACAAGAUAGAACGGAGCACGGAUGAACUGGUCACUCCAGCUGCUCCUGCUGAAGUUGGAGAGGCAGGCCAGAUGAAGAAGAAGUCAGAUGCUCCACCACCUAAACCUACAAGAUUCCGAACCACCCAGACAAAGACGAAGAAGACCAAGGCCGAGAGCAAGCUAGAGUUCUUUGGCUUUGAAGACAAAGAGGACCAAGUGGGCGAGGACGGUUCAGAUGGUAGCAUGGUGGGCAAGAGUAAUUACAAGAUCAAGUACUUUGGCUUUGAUGACCUAAGCGAGAGUGACAGUGACAGUGAUGAUGACAGCACUCAUGCCAAGGAGAAGAAGGCCAAGAAGGCGGCUGUAGCCUUGGCUGCUCUAAGCUCCAGUGUGGACAGCCCUCAUACCAGUGACUCUCAGGACAGUCAGGCCAGCAGCAACACAGAUGCUUUUGACUACUCUGAUGACUCCAGUCCUGGUGGCGCUGACAUACAGAAAGGACGCUCAGGGAAACAGGGUGAUAAAUACACUGGCAGUGGACUGAAAAAGAUCUUCAGUGGACCCAAAAAGUCACCUGCUAAAGCAGUAUAUAAUGCUCGCCACUGGAACCAACCUGAACCACAAGAGAUACCGGUGCCUCCCCUCUCUCGAUCUCAAACCGCCCCAGCCAUUUUAUCGAGCAGCGGCGGCAGCAGCAGCAGCAGCAGCAGUAGUAGCAGCAGCAGUAAGGACAGCAACUCCCAUAAAGAUGACGGCCUAUUCAAAGCCCCUCCACCCCCGCCCAAAGUCAUUAAGUCAGAGACCAUCCCCACACGACUCAACCAGGAUAUCGUCACGGCACUAAAAUGCAGAAAGGAGCACAAGGAGCUGUACACGGUGGUGCAGCAUGUAAAGCACUUCAAUGAUGUGGUGGAGUUCGGAGAGAAUCAAGAGUUCACAGAUGACUUUGAGUACCUGGAGACGGGGUUGAAGAGCACUCAGCCACUCAACACAAGAUGCCUUAGUAUUAUCAGCUUGGCUACAAGGUGCGCCAUGCCAGGUUUCAGGAUGCACCUGCGGGCUAGAGGAAAAGUGGCACAGGUUUUCAAAAUGCUCAGUGAUGCACCACAGCAUCCGAACCUCGGUCUGUGCACGGCUUCCUUGAUGUAUAUUCUGAGUCGGGAUCGACUUAACAUGGAUCUGGAUAGAGCGUGUCUGGAGCUAAUGAUCAAGCUGCUGGAGCUAGACCAGGAGUACUCGGCUCACCAGGAUCAGCUCACAGCAAAAGAGGUUGCAAAGGUCAAGGAGAAGAUUAGGAAGCUGUGUGAGACUGUGCACAACAAGCAUCUCGACCUAGAAAACAUAACGACUGGCCACCUUGCCAUGGAGACAUUACUGUCUCUUACCUCUAAGAGAGCUGGUGAUUGGUUCAAAGAAGAACUGCGGCUACUGGGUGGUUUGGAUCAUAUUGUAGACAAAGUGAAAGAGUGCGUGCAGAAUCUGAGCCAAGAGGAUGACAAGGAGAACCUCGUAGCAUCUUUAUGGGGGGCCGAGAGAUGUCUGAGAGUGCUUGAAAGUGUAACAGUGCAGAACCCAGAAAACCAGCGUUACUUAAUUGCGUACAAGGACUCUCAACUCAUUGUCUCCUCUGCCAGGGCUUUGCGUUACUGUGAGGAUAUGAUCCAGCGGUACAGCAGGGCAUUAAACAACAGCUCCCUGUCAUCGUCUGGUGCAACACUGCCCCACUGCAGCUUCAGUAACGUGGGCAAGGCCGUGGAGGACUGUAUGCGGGCUAUCAUAGGAGUGCUACUUAACCUUACUCAUGACAAUGAGUGGGGCAGCACUAAAACAGGGGAGCAGGAUCAGCUGAUAGUGACUGCUCUGAAUUGCAUCCUUCGAGUCCCUCGGUACAUUCCCCAGGAGCAGCGUUUUGACGUGCGAGUACUGGGUCUUGGUCUGCUAAUAAACCUUGUUGAGUACAGCUCAAGAAAUCGCCACUACCUGGUGGACAUGGAGUACACCGUUGACAACAGCUGUCUGGAAGACAGCCUUAUUCAGCCUGCUGACCCAACACAGUCGGACACAGUGGCAGAGUUGGCACCUCCAAGCACAGCUGAAGCUCAGGGAGAAGACGGCGACCAGGCCCAAACCUCUGGUGCUCUAGCUGCACUUGUGAAGUUCUUCCUGGAGAGAGAGCGUGCUGCCAUUUUGGCUGAAGCCAAAACUGAUGACCUCAUCAGCGAAGCACCGAAGCCUGCACUGGACAAAAGCGGAGAGUGGAAGGAGACGUCUGGUGAGAUCCAGUGGGUGGCGUCUGAAACCAGCGACCAGAGCCAACCCGAGAAGAAAGAGGAAGAGGAUGAAGAGUUGGACCUAAAUAAAGCUCUGCAGCACGCGGGUAAACAUAUGGAGGACAGCAUCGUUGCCUCCUACACGGCUCUGCUGUUGGGCUGUCUGUGUCAGGGCAGCCAGAUAAAUGUGACUACUGUGAGAACACAUCUACCAAAAGGGGAUUUCUCCAUCAUGACAGAAAUGCUUAAGAAAUUCUUGAGUUUCAUGAACCUCACGUGUGAAAUGGGCUCCACGGGACAAAAGUCCAUCUCGCGGGUCAUUGACUACCUGGAGCACUGUUAACAGACAGCCAGACAGCGGACUCACACUCCGACUGCACAGAAAAGGGAUCCCAGGCUGUUCUGGUACCUCUGCAUAACACGAGCGACAAGGAGUCACUGGAGUCUAAGCAGCUUUCCCGUGUCUUCGCGUGAUCCUGCGAUCACUCUGAAUUUUCACCGAUAGAUACUCUGGUGUGCAUUUAAAUGCACAAAUGCAAAACAUGCAAGUACAAAAGUGACACUUCCUCUCUCAACCAAAGCCCCUGCUUAACUCACAGAUGUGCUGAUUCUUCUCGUUCCACUCGUCUAAUGUGGCAGUGAAGAGUCAGAUAAACUCGAAAGGUUCAGGAUUCACUCCUCAGGAAACUGGGAAUCGGGUAGAGGCCUCCGAGUGCUCCAAAUGCGGAAUGUCAAACACAAAGAGGGAAUCGAAGCGGACGUCCUUUUGAAAUGUCCUGAAAUAGGUUUGAGGGCAACAGGCCACGGGGUUGGAGCCUCCUGUCUAUUGUCAGGUCUCCGCUCUCUGUCGCUCAGCUGGAGCACGAACCUUUGAAUCACAUUUCAUGGACGAUUACAUUUUAAUCUCUGCUCAUCUAUGUCAACGCCAAGGGUGAAAUCAUUGAUUCGCAUGGAAACAAUCAUUUUCAUGGAUGUGUUGGUGACAUCUCUGUUCUUAAACUUGUGUGAAAUGAUUUUUUGCACACAUGCAUCUAGUUUAGCUAUGUGUUUGCAGUUGGUUUGAAUGUUUUAAGGGAAAGAGUCUUUUUUUUUUUUUUUUGGUUCUGUUUUUCCAGCUUUGAUUUUAAUGUUUUCAUUGUACUCAUUCAUUUUUAGCAAACUUUGUGAGUUAGACGAGGAGAUAGGAGUUCUCAUGUUUUUAGAUUUGUUUUGUUUUUUAUCUCGAGGGCAUUUUAUUUUUCCACCCAGGUUAUGAAUUGCUUUUAACAAAAUUAGGGCUGUGUGUUGAGCCGGCUUUGAUAGGAUUUUCUUGAUUUGACAGGUAAUGGAAAGUGGGAAACUACACACUUUCAUGAAUUUUGGGUUUGUUUAGAUAAUAUACAUUCUAAUUCAUUCAACAGUUUGUAAUUACAGUAUGCAUAUGAUGAAUUUCUCACAAGGAAUUGAUGGUUGUGCUUCCCCCGUUGAAUUUAUCAUGAAGUUAUUUUUUAAUGUAUUUAAUUUAAUGCUUUUUUUUUUGUAUUUUUAUUUCUCCUUUGUAAAUGGAAAGUCUUUACCUCAUGACAUAGCAUUUGUGUGUAAACUUUCACAUCAUGAUUCAUUAUAAUAUACCCCAUGAGACACCGCUCAGUGGUUGGACAGAUAUGUAUAGUAAUCACAGAUUUAACCGGCUUAAUUAAUAUUGUUUGGGCCUCAAACCACAUCAAAUUUCAAUAAAACGUGCAUUCAUUUACAUGGGA